GUCGACGAUCUUAUUUCGUAAGUUAAUUCUUGAAGUUGUCAGUUGAUUGCAUUGUACAGUAAACACUAAACAGUUGUAGUUUUUCAAUCGAAUGACCUCCUGUGGUGUUUAGACUAACAAAAAUAUAAGUUUGCUUUUUAGAAGAAAUACACUUGAAAUAGAAUAAAAUAUUGUUACACUGCAAUGUAUACUAGAAUACUCAAUCUGAACCUUCAAUUUGUUUAAAUGCUUGUUAGAGAUUACUUCAGAACUUGGCAGUAAAAAGAAAUUCAAAUGUGCAACAGAUACCAAAACCAGGGUUUUAUGUAUGGCGGUUCACCCUACAGUGGUUGGGAUAGAAGCCACAAUUCCCUGGAAAAUCAAAUCCAGCAACAAUACCGUGGUAGAAACAACCCGGGGCACAGGUACUGGGGCAGCAUGUCUGAUGGAGGCAGCAUUUCUGCAGCCGGCGACUCCGCCCGAACUAACCUGAUCGUGAACUAUCUACCGCAGACUGUCACGGAGAAAGACCUGUACGCCAUGUUUGUGACUGUCGGGCCCAUCGAGAGCUGCCGGGUUAUGAAAGAUUUUAAGACUGGAUACAGCUACGGGUUUGGCUUUGUAAACUUUGCUCGUGAAGAGGACGCGGCUAGAGCCAUCGACACAUUCAACGGGUUCCAACUGAGAAAUAAACGGUUAAAGGUGUCCUACGCGCGACCGUCCGGGGACGAUAUAAAGGAGACGAACCUGUAUGUAACCAAUCUGCCUCGCGCCAUCACCGAGGAACAAUUGGAGACAAUAUUCGGCAAAUACGGCAGGAUAGUGCAGAAGCAUAUCCUUCGGGAUAAGAACAACGGGGCGCCAAGGGGAGUUGCUUUUGUCAGAUUUGAUAAACGGGAAGAAGCCCAAGAGGCAAUAUCCGCCUUGAAUAAUGUGAUACCGGAGGGAGGCAGCGAACCACUAUGUGUUAAGGUUGCCGAGGAGCACGGGAAGCAGAAGGCAGCGUACUACGCGGGCUGGUCGGCUGGUUUCCAGCAAAGUCGAGGAGACUACCAAUGGAGUUGUAACACGUGUAUGAUGCCCGGUGAACAGUGGGAUCCUCAGUUCCCCUCUCCACCAAUUCCGGGCAACCCUAACGGCCCCCGCAACAUCUGCAGACCCGGCGCUUGUGCCAACAUCAGGCCUAACUUCCCCAACUAUUACGCCAAGUCACCCCAACGCGCCCCGAGAGGCAGAAACUUCCCAUAUGCGAAUCCAGGAAUGGGGGACGGCCAUAAAGGCGGAAGAUGUAGAAUUACUUCAUCGCCUUACUGGUAGAGAGACGUUGUGGGUGAAACUGUGGUUCUGUUCUGUGUGUUUCAUUGAACUUGUAUAUACGAGGAGCGUGUUCUGUGACGCUGUGAAUGAAUUGAGCCGCCAACUAGUGCUAUUUAUUUUAUAUUUAAUGUAGCUCAUGUUUAUCUGAAUGUAUCGGACUUACUAUCUAAUGAUGGCUAAUCUAACUAUCUUCUCACAGAUUUCCGUCAUACCCAACGUAGGCUUAAUUAGACGUAGUUCCUUAGAAACGUUCCAAGCCACAAACAUCACAUUUUAAGGAAUUCGUGUUUAAAGUUUAAUAAAUAUUAGUGAAUUACAUACAUGUGUGUUGAGCUACUAAGUCAUGAUGUCAUUUAAAGAGUUACAGUAGGACUGCCUUUUUUUGUCAGUCCGUUAAUAUGAAUCACGUGAACAGUUUUGUGUUCUUAACUCAAUUUCGACAUGAUUGUGGUUUGGAACGUUUUUCUGGUAUUACGUCCAAUUGUAGUUUGAAUACCAUUUUAUGAAGUCAAAAUGUUGUUUCCACCGCUGGAGCAGAGUUACAGGCUUUUUAAACGUUCUCAUUGGGAAGAAAUAUUUUUUAACUAUUCUGAAGGAGUCCGCUGAUUGUUCGGAUAGUGACCCAGUACUGAUGAGUUUGUUAUUCAUAAAACAAUCUCAGCGAUAUAAUGAGACAAAAUACUAUAGCGCAAUACGAGUUGCUAUUUUUUUAUGAUAAUAAGGGACGAGACGAGCAGGACGUUCAGCUGUUGAUAAUUGAUACGCCCUGCCCAUUACAAUGCAGUGCCGUUCAGGAUUCUUGAAAAACCCAAAACAAUUGCGCUCGUCAUCUUAAGACGUAAGAUGUUAAGUCUCAUUUGCCCAUUAAUUUCACUAGCUACCCUCACCCUUCAGACCGAAACACAGUAAUGUUUAAACAUUACUGCUUCACGGUAGAAAUAGGAGUUGGUCAUAAAACUAAUAAUGCAUCCAGUUUUCACGGACGUUUGGCAAAUUCUGUCAAAUAAUUUAAUCACUUCCUUCUAGCGCCCAAAGACUAAGACUUAUUGAUUAUUUUAAAACAUUACUAAUUGGACUCUGUGACAGAUUAUUACCAGGUAAAGUCGGAAAUUUAUUUAUAGUAAAUGAAUUUUGAGGUAAGGAAGAUCAGAAGUGAUCGAUUCAUUAAGUAUCUUUUAUGCUCUACUGUGAAGAUUGAUCACGAAUUGAAUUCUGAUAAUUGUUAGCCCAUUGCGUUAAAAUGGUUUUUAAUUCUAAAAACUGUAAGAAAAUUUAAUUUGCAUGGAAACGUCCGAAAACGGUAGUUUAGUUGACAUAAUAGAGAACAAGUUAUGUUCUACGUUUUAUUGCUGCGGUCUUAGAUUAACCCCCUUAUUCAUAAUAGUCUGCUCACUUAAAGAAUUGCUAAUUCGCACUCUGUGUUCUUCUAUUGACCUGAGUCAGAAUGAGAAAAAACACUACUUAGCGGCUGUUUUAAGUUAGCGGACCAUUAUGAAUAAGGGGGUAGGGAUCGGUCUCCGCUGAGCUCCAACAAGGUACCGCACUAUGUAAGAACAAUAGCUUUUUUAUUACGGCAACUAUUACAUGCUUGUGUGCGUGGCAUCUUGACACUCGAUGGCAUCUUUCAAAUUUUGUAACAUACGCUUCGUGUUAUAUUACAUUGAAAUUAAUAAUUAGUUACAAAAUACUUAUACAAUACAAUUAUUAGCAAAGUUUAGCAUAACAUGUAGCACGUCAACGUCAUUGUUCGAGACUGGCUCGAAUACGCCCACAUUUUUUGUUAUGGACAUAAGGGACGAGACGAGCUGAACGUCAGCUGAUGGUAAUUGAUACGUCCUACGCAAUGCAGUGCCGCUCAGGAUUCUUGAAAAACCCAAAAUUUUUGAGUGGCACUACAAUUGCGCUCGUCACCUUGAGACAUAAAAUGUUAUGUCUCAUUUGCCCAGUAAUUUCACUAGCUACGGCGCCCUUCAGACCGAAACACAACAAUGUUUAUAAAUAGGCGCCGUUGUGGUACCCAUAAUCUAGCCGGCUUCCUGUGCAAAGGAGGCUCCCAUUGGGCGUAGUAUUAGUUGCCGCACUUUGCGACUACGCCUCUGCGGUCUCUAGUUGGAGCGCAGCGGAGUCCCAAUCCUUAGUCUAAAACUGCGGUAUAAUAAGCUCAUAGUGUUGGAGAUAGACAGCUAGUUAUUGUUAGUUUUGUGAAGAGUCAACCCUGCAUUUAUAACAUUUGGAUAAUGGUAACUGGAUCUAGUAGGACACCCCUUGUUGUAUCGAUAUCGAUGUUGUAUCGAUAUCGACCUACCUACUUAUUGGAAAGACUAUUAUUUUAUUUAACAUUUCGUGAAAUUUUUGCUGGUAAACGCCUAUUUACAAAGUUUAUUUGUUUUUAUUUAAAUUGCAUCAAGUUUAUGAACUUAACACCCAAGUACCCAACGAUAUCAUAGUACACUAACAGAUAUAUGUUGUUCCCGAUAUUGUGUUUUAUGUUGUUGCCCUGGCAUUAUUUUAUUUAUAGUAUUAUUGUUCUGUUCUCUAUGAUUUUAAUUUUUUUUAAUGUUUGUAGAACAGCACUGUACCAUUUAUUUUUGUUCUUCGCUUGAAGGAUGUAAUAUAAGAUAUAAGAA